AACCCUUUCAAUGGUGUCUCCCCUGAGGGGCAUUGUAUUCACCUGUACAAAGGACUGUUGACGUAGCGAUGACUCAUCGGAAAGUCCCACCAGUAGCACACCCUGAGGCAGAGGGGAAAUACAGAACUGUCGCCAUUUUAUAGAGACGCAGGUACAAUUCUACCCAGGCGGGUUCUGUGGAGUCUCAGACAUAUCCAGGAUGGGGAACCUAUUCACGAGUUCAGCCAAUACUCAGGACCAGAAUCUCCAUCCAGACAUACCAAGUUACAGCAAAGCACAAGAGCCAGGAACAACCAACACUGAUGUUGCAGAUGAAGAAGGCGUCAAUGACAGUCAAUACACAAGCCACUUCAGGGAAGGAGAAUCCUCCCUUGCCAGGACAGACCUGGACUCAGCAGAGCAGCACUUUGCAGCUGCACUCAAGACGGUACAUGUCAAAGAUCCCACAGCCCAGCAGUACCAGAGAGAGGUGGAGCCCCUGUGCAAGGUGGGAGAUGUCUACAGUAAGCGAGGUCAGCAGACAGGAGACGGGGGAGACUUUGUCAAAGCAGCAGCACUCUACAAUGCAGCAAUAGCCAGAUCAGAGGAUCAAGUCCUCAAUGGUAACAUAGAAAGAACUAUUAGAGAAGUAGAGAUGUCAUUUCUCAAAUGUACCUUAGGCAUUCAUAGUAAUGUAAGCCAAGAUGACACAGAAAAAUACAAGAAUCAGCUGAAGGAGAUGCGGGACCAGAUCAAGCUGGAGAUGGAAACCAUUGACCAGCAGCUGGAUCCCUAUGUACAUGAUGAGGACGACCCAUGUGUCAAAGAGAUAGAGACAAAACGAGCUCAGGCUGUCAGGCAGUUGUUUGAGAACAUUUCACAACAAAGGAAGGAGUUCAUCAGCCUGCUUAUAGAAGAGUGUAUUGGGUUAUUGGGUCCCCCUCCCUGUAAGUAUGCCCUGAUCGGUUUGGGUUCACAGGCCACAGGACUGGUAACUCCAUACUCAGACCUGGAGUCUGCCAUCUUGGUAGAAGAAGAAAGUGAAGAAUGGCUUGUGUAUUUCCGUAACCUCACUCACUAUCUGCACCUCAAGGUGGUCAACCUGGGAGAAACCAUUCUCCCAGCAUUGGGAAUAAAAUCUCUCAAUGAUUUCUACUCUGAGGACCCACUUGACAACUGGUACUUUGACUCUGUUACACCACGUGGGUUUGCAUUUGAUGGCUCCAUGCCAAAGGCAAGCAAGACUCCACUGGGCAGGCAGGGAACUAUGGACAAACCACCCAGUGAACUCAUCUGUACACCAGAAAACAUGGCUUCAAAACUACAGAGUGAUGUCACAUUAUACCUGAAGGAAGGAUAUCACCUUGCCACUAUCUUGAGAAACGCAUGCCUGAUAGCAGGGGAUCAGGAUUUGAUUGACACGUACAUGGGCAUCACAGUGAAAAAACUAAAAGCUGAUGGAGGCGAAAUGGCUCAAAAACUGGCACAGGAGAUACUUAAGGAAAACAUAGAAAGCUUAGGUGAUAAAGAAACAAUUACAGCAAGAAUGAUUUUUGUAAAGAAAGAACUCUAUCGCUUCCCAGCUGUAGCAGUGGACUGCUUGGCACUGUCUUCAGGAAUCAUACCUACCACAGUUUGGGAGACAAUAGAAGAAAUGGAAAACCAACAAGUGAUCAGUCCCAACAAUGCACACCACCUGACAGUGCUUACCAGCAUCUCAGCAGAACUCAGGCUCAGAACCUACAUCGCAAAUGGUGGACAGAAGGAAAACCUGUCAGCUUUGGUGUCAACAGUGCCGCAUGGUCAAGAAUCUCAGACAAAUGAUGAAGAACAAACAAAUGAUCUUAGGCCAGUUUUCCACCUCCCAAAUGUAAAACAGCUUUUCAGAUAUUAUUCUACAUCGGUUCCCUUAAAAAAUGUUCUCUCUAAAUGGCCUAGUGAGACUACAGUUUCAGAUUCAUUUCCUGAUUUCUAUGAUACUUCCGCACGAGUACGAGGAGAAAUGUACUAUGAGCUAUGCAGAUAUCAGCAGGCUAUCCGCUGCUACAAUAAGGCCCAAGAAAAAGCUUAUACAGAUAAUGAUAACAUGGUUCUGCUGUUUGACUUUGGCAAUGCUUGGCUUGGCAUGGGUGAGUGCCAAAAAGCAGUCAGCUACUAUGAACAGGCACUGGAAAUGUACAGAAGUAUCCAUGGCCAGACACACCCCAUGAUUGUUGUGCUACUCAACAACCUUGGGCUGGCCUGGGAUGACGUUGGGGAACAAAGGAAAGCCAUCGAUUGCCAUGAACAAGCUCUGCACAUGCAGAAGAAUAUCUACGGUCGGAGCACAGCACUUUGUGACACAUCUAGCUCCCUCAGUAACCUGGGAACAGCCUGGGAUAACCUUGGAGAUUAUGAAAAAGCUAUCAACCACUUUGAACAGGCACUGCAGAUGCGCAGAAGAGUUUACGGUCAGACCGCAGUACAUCCAAGAAUUGCCAUAUUACUAACAAAACUGGGGGUAGCCUGGGGUAGCCUUGGUAAUCAAAGAAAAUGUAUCGACUACAAUGAACAGGCACUGCAGAUGUUAAAGGGUAUCUAUGGUCAGAGUACAGCACACCCUGACAUUGCUAGCUCACUUAGCAACCUGGGGGCAGCAUGGAGUAAACUAGGUGCUCACAAGAAAUCUAUUAACUAUCAUGAACAGGCACUGCAGAUGCGUAAGAGCAUCUAUGGUCAGGGCACAGCACAUACAGACAUUGCCACCUGUCUACACGAAAUGGGGAUGGGUUGGAUUUUUCUAGGUGAUCACAGCAAAGGCUUCUGCUGUCAUAAACAGGCAAUGCAGAUGAGGGAAAGUAUCUACGGCACAGUACAUCGCGAUAUAGGCAAUUCAUUCAUUUAUAUUGGUAGAGCCUUUCAUUACCUAGGAGAUUAUAAAAAAUCCCUAAGCUACUAUGAACAGGCACAUCAGAUUUACAGCAGCAUAUUAAGUCAGUCUAAAGCACAUCCCGAAAUCGCUAAAACACUUUGCCACCUGGGUUUGACAUGGCAAAAUCUAGGUGAUUUCAGAAAAGCACUUAAGUACCAUGAACAGGCACUGCAGAUAUACAAAAGUACCUACGGUCAGAAAACAAAACAUGUGGCUAUUGCCACAGAACUAAACAACAUCGGACAAGCCUGGUACCAGCUGGGAGAUAAUAGACAAGCUAGGGGUUACCUAGAACAGGCACUAGAGAUGUACAGGAAUAUCUAUGGUCAGGGUUCAGCACAUCGUCUAUUUGCAGUCACGCUUGACAACCUGGGGCUAAACUGGGUGCAGUUUGGUGAUCACAGCAAAGGCAUCAGCUACCAUGAACAGGCAUUACAAAUGAGGGAAAGCAUCUACGGCAAAGGCACGGUACAUCUUGACAUUGCCAGAUCACUACGACAUAUUGGUAGUGCUUGGUACGGUACUGGUGAUUACAGAAAAGCACUUAACUACCACGACCAGUCACUACAGAUGUUCAAAAAUCUCUAUGGUCAAAAUUCAACUCAUUCUUACAUUGCCCAGUCAUUCAAUGCCAUUGGAAUGGAAUGGUACUAUUUGGGCAAUUAUAGACAAGCACUGAGCUACCACAACCGGGCGCUGCAGAUAUUCAGAGGGAAUACAGCACUUCGAGACGCUGCAACAUCACUUAACAACUUGGGGAUGGCCUGGCUUUAUCUGGGUGAUUUCAAAAAGGCAACCUCGUACACUCAAGACGCACUGCAGACAUACCGGGAUUUCCAUGGUGAGAAUUCUGCCCAUUCUGACAUUGCCAGAUCAAUCAACAACAUUGGGUUGGUCCUGUGUCAUCUUGGUGACUACAAGAAAUCACUUAAUUUCCUUGAACAGGCACUCCAGAUGAGGGAAAGUUUCUAUGGUCAGGGUAUACCCCAUCUUGACAUCGCAAUGUCAUUCAAUAACCUGGGCGAACUCAGGAGUUACCUGGGGGAUCAAAAGAAAGCAAUCAGCUACCAUGAACAGGCACUGCAGAUGCGCAGGAGUAUCUAUGGUGACAGUUCAAACCAUCCUCACAUUGGCGUUUCACUCAGAAACCUGGGGUCAGCUUGGAACGACUUGGGUGAUCAUGGGAAAGCUCUCAGCUACCUUAAACAGGCGAUUCAGACAUAUAGCAUCUAUGGUGAGGAUGUCGCUCAUCCUAACAUUGCCAUGACACUCAAUAACAUGGGGCUGGUCUGGGGUAAUCGGGGUGACUACAAGAAAGCAGUCGGCUACCAUGAACAGGCACUGCAGAUGUACAGGGAUGUCUUUGGUCAGAGUACAGAUCAUCCUGACAUCGCCAUGACGCUCAACAACAUAGGCCAAGCCUGGAAUCACAUGUAUGAGGGCAGGAAAGCAUUCAGCUAUUGUGAUGAAGCACUGCAGAUGUGCAAAACCAUCUACGGACAGAAUGCAACACACCCUGCUAUCGCAACAUCACUCAACAGUCUGGGAAUGGCAUGGGGAGACCUAGGCGUUCGUGAAAAAGCAAUCAGUCUCUGCCAAGAAGCCUUGGCUAUGGCAAGACAAAUUUUCCCUGAGCACAAAAGUCACCCAUUGAUAAAGGGGAUUGAAAGCAACAUCGCCAAUAUCAGUGACAGUGCUGCCUCUGAGGAUAAUACAUAAAAUGCCCCAUAUCCAUUCACAAAUGUACAUACUUCAUUCUGUACCAGGGUAGAUGUUAUGGACAGUGAAAUCCCACCCCGCUCAUUUGAUGAAGUACAAAAUGUAGAUGGGCAAUAGACCGAGAGACCAUAUGGCUAUGCAUUCUGUAUCAGGACCACCAAAACAUGUACAUCUAUUUUAUGACUAAACUAACAGCCUCCAUGUAGUUCUAAUCUACAACAGACACUGCCUCAUUACUGUAACCAUUUGCCAAUAAGAUUCUACUUCUGAGAUGGGACACAUGACUUCUCUAUUUGUAACAACUUAAUUCUUUGGAGUAGUUUUUUUUACAAGUUACAGUAAUAAAUCAACUUUCUGUAUGAUGUCUCAAGUUCACACCGAGUUUCCUAACAAUUACAAAUGCCUUACUCCCAGACCCUCCCAUACAUAUACAUAGGGCAAUAGGGCAACAAUGCAAUAUUAAUACAAGAAUUCGUAGAUUUCAUACCUCCAUGAAAUAUAUACGUUU